AUGUUCGAUCUUGUGGCAAAACUUGCCGGCGUUGAACAGGUUCUCGAUGAGAUCCUAACAUCACUCAACACCCGUAUCGCUGCCUCGACUUAUAGCCCAGAAGACCAAGCACAACAUGGAGAGCCGAAGUGGGCACCUACCUUGCGAGACGUGAUACCUCGUUAUUCGAAAGACAUCCAGGGGAUCAGAGAACAAAUCGAGAGAGAUUCCAGGUUUCACAGAAGCCUGAAACGGACUGAAGGACCUGACACUCAAUGCGCUGCUACGGUGCCCCAAUCAUGUGUCCAACAGGCAUCCCAUACCAUGGCGAAGCGAUACGAACAGCGAAUUAAGACGUUGCGGGAGAUUUCUCGAAAUGUGAUAGUUUCUUCUCCCAGUCUAACCAGAGUCCUUAGGAACCAGGAAGAGAAUCCAGGCGGUUGCAUUGACUCUACGAGAAAUGUACCUUCACUCUGCACUCCUGCGAAACUCGGAUCACUCACUUCCGAUGGUAUUCCACAUCGGCUUGAACAUGGCAUAAUAGUCCUCAUGCCUUCCAAGUCUCAAUAUCGCGAUAUAGCACUACUUCGCUCCCAGGCUGAAAGUCUCAGUGCACGCAAGACUGGAGUGUUCAAGUAUGUGCUGCCGGAAGAUCUUGAACUGGACAUACAAGCUACGAGUAAUGGAGCAACACAAGUGUCAAAAUUUGGAUCUUCUCUCGCGCCCAACGGAUCUCUGCACAUAUCCCGUACGGAGCAUACGGAGAUACUCGAGAUGAGAGAUCCUCUAGAUCGUACAGACGAACCUGUCGCACCCGGUGAAUUGGCAGACAUACUAGAGCAACGUCUUACAGAUCCUGCGGCCAUUGCGAAGAUGCAAUACUGCACAGAUAUGCCGGCACGAGCUAUUGAGGAUCGACUCAAGCUAGGCUUGCCUGCCCAGUCGCCCAUCUGGCCUUUGAAGGGCAAUGAGUUGCGCCGCACUAAGUGCAGCAUUCCGGGGCUCCAUUGGCCGUUUGCAUAUCAGUCGGGCAUGCACGGAUCCGUGCAUUCCCUGCACGAGGAGUACAAAAACCUCAUAUCACUCAAUUGCUUGUACUACGGUCGUAAGCUAUGGCAGGUUAUAGCGCCAGGAGAUAGCCACCUCAUCGAAAAUGAGGUCAAACGCUGGAAAUAUUCGCAGAAUAUUAGGCACGCUGCUUAG